AACAACCUCAAAAGACUAUCCUUGACAUCAGAACACCCAUCCUGCCUUUCCAUAUAUUCUAUGAUGGAUUUGCAGGAGCUCGUCCGAACCUUCAACAAGCUCCCACGAUCUCCGAAAACCCCAUCUGGUCUUGUGGACGAUCACUGGCACAUCGCAAUCCGGCAUGUUCCCCUCAAGCCCCCGGGUGACUUGCUUCAUCUCGUGAAUCCAGGAAGUCAAUACACCCACUUUGAAGGCCCUGCUCAAAUUCUGUCCGUCGAGCCUGCAACCUCUCGGGCUGAUGUCGUGCUUCCGAUGCUUCUGAGGUCGUUUGUCAACAGCAUGGGUGAAAGUGAUCCACGUGUUACGCCACGUGGACCAUGGAGUUGGGGAACUGGAGACGAAGAACUAGCGAAGGCGCUGGAGGAAAAGCUCAAGGCUGCCGGAGUUCGCGAUGAGCUGUGCAUGAUCAAGGUUGGAGACGCGAAGGACAUGGUGAUUGAGGAAGAAGUAUGGGUCAGUGUUUUCGAUAAGAUGAAAUUGCGGGAGGGGCCUAAGUGCAGUCAAUGCAAAAAUCCUCCUUCAGGUGAUGGGAAGCUCCAAGUCUGCAGCCGAUGCAGGAAGGUCCAAUGCUGCUCGAGAGACUGUCAGAAAGCGGACUGGAAGGAGCACAAGGUUGUCUGCAAGUAUCUCGCCAAAGACCCAUCAAUUGGCGCACUGGAUUACUACCAAAAUUUCGCGCCACACUUUCCUGAAGCGUAAGAGUUAGCUGACGAAAUUGGACUGUCUCUCCCAGGACAAGGUAGUAGCUCGCACGGCCUCAGGUAUACUGACCAAUCUUGUCGAAUGGCACGCUCUUCGUGGCAUCGUAACUGACUGACUACUGUUCUAGUGCUCCUAUUCGCCGAUUGGUGAUUACGGGGAAAGAUUGGUCAGAGAAUAUUACGAGGCUGCUUGGGCGGGGUGACAGAGAUAUGGUUGACAGUAUUCACAAGGACACUCGUAUCGAAAUCCUUCUUAGAUCUCCACCAGGAUCUCCGAAUUAUGCUAUGGCGGCGCAGCUUAAGUUGGACGAAAAUUGCCCGCUGUGGACGCCUCGGGAAGCUUCAGCAGGUGAGGAAGCGGAGCUCAGAAAGAUCAGGGACAUACAGGGACACAUCAGGCGUCAUAUGGGC